AUGACAGUGAAUUUGUACGUUGCUCCUACUGAUGAAGGAGGGCCUUAUAAGCAGAAAUUUAUUCUGGGAAGAGAUACCUGGUACCUUAAAACCACUGCUAAGAUAAAUGGGCAGAAGCUAAACCAUCAGAAGAAACACAUCUUAGGAGUUGCUGGGGCUCUCUCUCAAGUUUGCAACAGUGUGGUUAAAUGCAUCAAGAAGGUCAGAAUCAUAGGUAAAUACGGGACCCAUUACGGUCCCUCACUCAGGAAAAUGGUGAGGAGUGAAAUAGGUCAGUGUGCCAAAUACACCUGCUCCCUCUGUGGCAAAACCAAGAGGAAAAGACAAGCUGUCAGGAGCUGGUAUUGUGGUUCCUACAUGAAAAGAGCAGCCAGUGGUGCGUGGACCUACCAAUACAACACCACUCCUGCUGUCACAGUGAAGUGCGCCAUCAGAAGACUGAAGGAGUUGAAAGACCAGUAGAAGUUCCACCUUUUGAAACACUGCUAGCCCAUAAUAA